AUGAGCAGAGUAAAUGAUAUGCCGGCUCCUUUUGUCGCGCCGGAAGUCUCUGUCGAGCAAGCUUUAGAACCUGAAUUUGAUUAUGAAGGCCUGGGGGGCAAUUAUCCGCUUCAUAUCAACAUGAUCGCUGGCUCUUUGGCUGGUAUUUCUGAACAUGCUGUCAUGUUCCCCGUGGAUCUCGUCAGGACUCGUAUGCAAGUGCUAACCGCAUCAUCCACUACUGUUUAUACUGGCAUUGGACAAGCACUUGCGCGUAUUAGCUCCGUGGAAGGUUUUCGAGGCCUCUGGAAGGGUAUUGCGUCAGUCAUCCUUGGUGCUGGACCGGCUCAUGCACUCUACUUUGGCACCUACGAAUUUAUGAAGGAUCUCUCUGGUGGUAACAAAGAAGGGUUCCAAUUGUUGAGCACAAGUAUGGCAGGCGCUUCUGCGACAAUCGUUUCUGAUGCAUUCAUGAACCCCUUUGAUGUGAUCAAGCAACGUAUGCAAAUGGAGGGCAACCCUUACACGUCCGUCAUGCAAUGCGCUCGAUCCUUGUAUCGUUCUGAGGGACUGCGUGCAUUUUAUGUUUCAUACCCCAUUACCUUGGCGUCUUCUGUUCCCUUCACUGCUGCUCAGUUUGCUACGUAUGAAUGGGCGAAAAGCUUGUUAAAUCCGAAAGACACAUACUCUCCCUUAACUCACGCUGUGGCGGGUGGGUUUGCGGGUGCGACGGCCGCUUUCCUUACCAAUCCUCUUGAUGUAUGCAAAACCCUGCUUCAGACACGCGGCUGCAGCUCUGUACCUGAAGUCCGGACUGCUACCACUAUCAGCCAGGCUUUUCGUGUAAUUUACGCUCGCGAAGGUUUGCGUGGUUUCGCACGCGGUGUCAAGCCUAGGAUCUUUACACAUAUGCCUUCCAAUGCGUUAUGUUGGUUGUCCUAUGAAGGGUUCCGGUUUGCCCUGCAUGAAUUUGAUGGUUGA